GGAGCCGGUAAGACUGAGAACACGAAGAAAGUAAUUUCCUAUUUCGCCCUUGUGGCCGCGUCUGGCCAAAAGAAGGACAGUGACAAACAGGUGAGUCUGGAGGAUCAGAUCGUGCAGGCUAACCCCGUGCUUGAGAGCUUCGGUAACGCAAAGACCGUCAGAAACGACAACUCCUCUCGUUUCGGUAAAUUCAUCCGCAUUCACUUUGGCCCAUGCUUGAAAACUGGACUGGAGGCCGAAUAUUGAAUUUAUCUGCUGGAGAAGUCACGUGUCGUCUCCCAGGCCCCGCUCGAGCGUAGCUACCACAUCUUCUAUCAGCUGCCAUCUGGUGGCAUCGAAAAGACUAAAGAGACAUGCUUGCUGCAGGAUGACGUCAGCACAUACUACUUCAUCGCUCAGGGCAAGACGUACAUCGACGGAGUGGACGAUGGCGAGGAGAUGAGGUUGACCGACGAAGCCUUCGAUAUUCUGGGUUUCUCUGAUAGAGAGAAAUGGGACAUCUACAAAAUUGUCUCCGCCGUGAUGCAUAUGGGAGUCAUGAAGUUCAAGCAGAGACCCAGGGAGGAGCAGGCAGAGGCCGACGGCACCGAAGCAGCCUGCAAGGUCGCCCAUGUCUUGGGCAUCUCUGAUGCUGACCUCGUCAAGGGCAUCCUGAAGCCGCGCGUCAAGGUCGGAAAUGAGUACGUCACCAAGGGACAGACGAAGGAGCAGUGCUACAACGGCGUCGGCGCUUUGGCCAAGGCUAUGUACGACCGCAUGUUCCGCGGCUUGGUAGCGACGGUGAACAAAACCCUUGCUACCGUAGGCAAGAAGCAGUUCUUCAUUGGCGUCCUGGAUAUUGCUGGCUUUGAGAUUUUCGACUUCAACGGCUUUGAGCAGAUCUGCAUUAACUUCACCAACGAGAAGCUGCAGCAGUUCUUCAACCAUCACAUGUUCAUUCUGGAACAGGAAGAGUACAAGCGUGAGGGCAUCGAAUGGACCUUCAUUGAUUUCGGUCUGGAUCUCCAGGCUUGCAUUGACAUGAUUGAAAAGCCCAUGGGUGUAUUCGCUAUCCUUGAGGAAGAGUCCAUGUUCCCGAAAGCAACCGACAUGACCUUCUUGGAAAAGAUGCAAGUUAACCAUCUUGGCAAAUCGCAAAGCUUCAUCAAGCCGAAACCACCAAAGGCAGGCCAGUCUGAAGCUCACUUUGGCGUUGUCCACUACGCUGGCAUCGUCAACUACAACGUCAACCACUGGCUGGAAAAGAACAAGGAUCCCAUCAACGACACCGUGGCUGUCACAUUCGCCAAGUCGCAUGGAAACCAAACGCUUUCGCAUCUGUUUGCUGAUAAACUAGUGGUUGAUGAGGACACCGGUGGAAAGGGAAAGAGGAAGAAGGGAUCCGCCUUCCAGACCGUAUCUGCUCUCUACAGGGAACAAUUGAACAAGUUGAUGGCGGCCCUGAAUGCCACGGCUCCUCACUUCGUGCGUUGCAUCAUCCCCAACGAGAACAAGGAAGGGGGUGUUCUUGAUGCCGCACUGGUCAUGAACCAACUGACCUGCAACGGUGUACUGGAAGGAAUCCGUAUUUGCCGCAAGGGCUUCCCCAACAGGCUCGUGUAUGGAGACUUCAAACAGAGAUACAAGAUUCUGGCUCCGAGUGCUGUCCCAGAAGGCUUCUGCGACAGCAAAGAUGCAAGUGCAGCAAUUCUUGCCGAGCUACAAUGGGACACGGCAAUGUACAGGCUCGGUCAUACCAAGGUCUUCUUCAAGGCCGGCUCGCUGGGUCAGCUUGAGGAAUUGCGUGACGAACGCAUCACCCGCAUUAUCACUCUUGCCCAGGCAUGGGUCCGUGGAAAGCAGACACGAGCUCGUUACCAAGUGAUGAAGGCCCAGCGUCUGGCAAUGAUUGUCAUUCAGCGCAACGUCAGGAAGUACAUCCAGUGCCGCAACUGGCCAUGGUGGAAGCUGUACACGAAGGUGAAACCCAUGCUGAGCAUUGCCCGCCAGGAGGAUGAGAUCAAGGCGAUGAAGGAAGAGUUUGAGAAGGUCAAGGAUGAGCUGUCCAAGGAAUCUAAACUGCGCAAGGAAAGUGAAGACCUUGUUGCCAAGAUUACCAAAGAGAAGGAUGACCUGUAUGCUCGCUGCGCCAACGAAUCCGAAACCAUUGCCGACAUUGAAGAGCGUGCAACCAAGCUGAUGCAGCAGAAACACGACUUGGAAUCGCAGCUGCAGGAUAUGCAAGACCGUCUAGCCGAGGAAGAGCAGGGAGCUGCCUCUGUCGGUGAUGCUAAGAGGAAGGUCGAAUCUGAAUGCAGUGAUCUAAAGAACCAGAUCGAGGAGCUAGAACGUGCAUUGAAGAAGAUGGAGAGCGAGAGAAAUGCAAAGGAGCACCAAAUUAAACAGCUGAACGAGGAGAUUGCCAAGAUGGAGGAACAAAUUGCUAAAGGAAACAAAGAGAGGAAAAACCUUACCGAACACCAGAGCAGGACAAGUGAUGAUCUGCAUAAAGAAGAGGAUAAAUGCAAUCACCUCACCAAGGUCAAAGCCAAGCUGGAACAGACUCUUGAUGAGUUGGAGGACAACCUCGAGCGUGAGAAGAAGGUCCGCAACGAUGUCGAAAAAGCUAAGAAGAAGGUGGAAGGAGACCUGAAGAUGGCACAGGAGUCAGUUGAGGAGCUGGAGCAUGUCAAACAUCAACUCGAGGAAUCCGUCCGCAGAAAGGACAAGGAGCUCGCCGGCAUGGGCAGCAAAUGCGAGGAUGAACAGGGAAUCGUUCACCAGCUGCAAAAGAAGAUCAAGGAACUGCAGGCGCGCGUGGAAGAGAUCGAAGAAGAGGUGGAAGCCGAGCGACAAGCCCGCUCAAAGGUUGAGAAGCAAAGAGCCGAUGCAAUUCGCGAGUUGGAGGAGCUGACUGAACGCCUUGAGGAGGCAGGAGGCGCCACCAGCGCCCAGGUCGAGCUGAAUAGAAAGCGCGAGGCUGAGUUGGCCAAGCUUAGACGGGACCUGGAAGAGCAAGCUUUGCAAAAUGAGGCUGUCGUUUCUUCUCUUCGUAAGAAGCAGAACGAUGUUGUCAGUGAGAUGGGAGAACAGAUAGACCAAAUGCAAAAAAUAAAGGCUAAGGCUGAAAAGGAAAAGGCUCAGCUGAAGGUGGAGUUGGAUGACAGCAAGGCAAACAUGGAACACGUCAAUAAGAGCAAAGCACAGGCCGAGAAGUUGGCAAAAGCACUUGAGAACCAGAUGAGCGAUGCUAACGCUAAGCUAGAUGAGUCAGCGCGCUCCAUCAAUGACAUGAAUUCUCAGAAGAGCAAGGCCAACAACGAGAUCAACGAUCUACAGCGUCAGCUCGAGGAAGCUGAGUCUCAGCUAAACCAAAUGACGAGAGCCAAGGCGCAGUUGUCUUCACAGUUGGAGGAAACACGGGCCCAAGUUGACGAGGAGUCGCGGGAAAAGUCAUCUCUGCAUGCACAGCUACGCAAUGCUCAACACGAUGCCGAGCAGCUGCGCGAACAGCUAGAAGAGGAGGCUGAGGGAAAGAGCUCUCUGCAGAGGCAAUUGGCCAAGGUCAACAACGAGUUCAACACCCUGCGUGCGCGAGUGGAAAGCGAGGGGCUGGGAGGUGGCGGACCAGAGGCCGAGGAACUCAAGCGUAAAUUCCAAGCUAAGCUUCAGGCAACUGAAGACACACUCGAGGCUGCACAAUCAAAGAAUGUCCAACUCGACAAAGCAAAGCAGAGGCUCUCCAAUGACUUGGAUGACAUGUCAAUUGAAGUGGAGCGUGCGACCAGCGCAGCCAACGCCGCAGAGAAGCGCCAGCGCAACUUCGACAAGACCAUCCACGAGUGGAAGCAGAAGAGUGAUGAUCUGGCUGCCGAGCUUGAGGCCUCCCAACGCGAAUGCCGCAACCUGUCCACAGAGCUGUUCAAGUCGAAGGCUUCCCAGGAAGAGGCAGCCGACAGUUUGGAAUCUGUCCAGCGUGAGAAUAGAAACCUCUCUGAUGAAAUCAAAGACCUCACUGACCAGCUGAGCGAGGGAGGCAAGAGCGUCCACGAGAUGGACAAGGCCCGCAGGAGGCUCGAGCAGGAGAAAGAGGAACUGCAGGCAGCGCUAGAGGAGGCCGAGGCCGCCUUGGAGCAAGAAGAGUCCAAGGUCGUCCGCGGUCAACUCGAAUUGCAGCAGAUUCGGCAGGAGGUUGACAGACGUCUCGCAGAGAAGGAUGACGAGUUUGAGACGACCCGCAGAAACCACCAGCGCGCUGUUGACUCCAUGCAAGCCAGCCUCGAAUCCGAAGCCAAGGGCAAGGCGGAGGCAAUGCGCAUGAAGAAGAAGCUUGAGAAUGACAUCAACCAGCUGGAGGUCGCUCUAGACUCAUCCAACCGUCAGAACGCCGAUGCUCAAAAGAACUUGAAGAAGCUACAGAGCGAGCUCGCUGACCUAUUAGCACAGCUUGAGGAGGAACAGCGCGUACGCGAGGAGAUCCGCGAGCAGCUGGGAGCCAGCGAGCGCCGCUGCAAUGCCAUCAGCGCUGAGCUGGAGGAGACGCGUACUUCUUUGGAGCAGGCAGAGCGCCACCGCCGCGCAGUUGAAGCUGAGCUAAAUGAAGCCAAUGAUCGUAUCGGAGAUCUACAGAGCCAUGUCGCGUCUGCCAACGCCGCCAAGAGAAAGCUGGAGGGUGACAUGACGACCAUGCAGGCCGAUCUUGAUGAGACCGUCAAUGAGCUCAAGGCUGCCGAUGAGAAAGCUAGAGGUGCCGUUGCCGAUGCAGCCCGCUUGGCAGAGGAGCUGCGCCAGGAGCAAGAACAUGCUAGCCACGCUGAGAAGGCCCGCAAGACUGUAGAAGGCCAACUGAAGGAUCUGCAGGUUCGUCUGGAUGAGGCUGAAGCCAACGUGCUGAAGGGAGGCAAGAAGAUGAUCGUCAAGCUGGAACAGCGCGUUCGUGAGCUUGAGACCGAGCUGGAUGCUGAACGCCGCCGCCUCGGUGAAGCCCAGAAGAACUACCGCAAAGCAGACCGCAACGUUAAGGACCUGGCCAUGCAGAUCGACGAUGGAAAAAAGAAUCAGGCUCACAUGCAGGACAUGCUGGAGAGACUCAACGGCAAGAUCAAGCUCUACAAGCGCCAGAUCGACGAGGCCGAGGAGGUGGCCAACAUGAACCUGGCCAAGUACCGCAAGGCGCAGGCUGAGCUGGAGGAGGCUGAGGCACGCGCUGAGGAUGCAGAAGCUGCCGUCGCUAAGCUGAGAGCUGCUGCUCGUAGCUCGGGAUUCUCCAUGCGUCCUACCGCCGCAACCCGCCGACCAAGGAUGAUCGAUGACGAGGAAUAAACGUUGAUCCAGAUACAUAAUUGCCAUAGCGACAAUACAGAUGCUUGCUUGCCGGAAUGGAUCCCCGCGACAGCCGCAGACACCUCGUGGUAUCGGCCGGGUCGCGGAGAGGGUCCGCCGCUGCUACAAAUUCGCCCGUUUAUCUUUUCUAGUGUACCGAGCGUUACAGAUGACAUUACUAGAUAUACUGCAGCUAUUCGUGGUCGGAUAUGUUCCCUCGCUGAAAUUACCCUAGAGUAAUCAGCUAGAUAUAAUGCGUAAUGAAGACGUAGAUUUUCGAAAAACAUGUUAUUAUUGGAACUAGCACGAAUCGCUCGGUCUGUAUACUGUUUAAAACCAAAUAAAAUAGCUGUCACUCACA